CCAGCAAUAAAGACCAAGCACACACGUGUCGCAUCGAGAUAUGCUAGAAUUACGUUGACGUGGCCUUUUGCGCUAUAAAAAGAGGAGCUGACCACGACUAUUAUAUAAAACAUAACGAAGACCAAGUUGCCUACCUGAAAGUUUUUUCGUCCAAGUCGUGACAGAGAAUUAUUUCGUAUUUUAAAUUUUUUUGAAUGAACACGAUGUCGUCCAAAUUCUUGAUAGCGAUAUUUUUUCUGGCGUGUGCUGGAGUGGGUUUCCAGACGACAGAAGGGUCUGUGUUCGUACAUCCAUACUACAGAUUCCAUUCCUUUUGGCCAGACUUCGAUACAUUCGACGAUGAUUUCUUUUCGGACCCGUUUUUCCGGACUUUCCGUGAUCCUUUUGACUGGGACCCAUCAAGAGAUGACAUCGUUGACUUUCCAAUACUCCGUAAACCAGCCAUUGGAAAUCAGAGAAAUUGUCUACCAAAGCCAACCCCUCGAAAAUCUCUGGUAAAACCGUCCGAAGAGUUGAAGCUGAGUAUUGAUGUUAAAGGAUUUGCUCCCCAAGAACUGACACUGGUAACCARGGGAAACGAUGUCAUCAUCAGAGGGGAAAAGAAAGAUUGUGAUUCUACGUCGUGUUAUACAAGAUCAUUAUGUUGGAGAAAAAAGUUACCGCAAGACAUUAAAAUUAACACUGUUAAGGCAAAAUUAACCAAGGACAAUAUAGUCGAAAUAACAGGCGAAAAGAAAAAAGAAAUAGCAGCAGAAGCGAAUACAAAGAUAGAAAGAGAAACUCAAGAAAAACUAACGCCACAGAAAUCGGGAAAACAAGAGCAAUUUACUAAGCCUUCUGACCUGCCCAUGAAAAACCAAAACUCCAUGAAAGAGGAAAUUCCAAAACCAAAGCCAGUAGACGAGGCUGAAGAAGAAACAACGCUGGAAGUCGUGAAAGACGACGACUAAAAAACAAUAAUUUGAGAGUUGAUCACGAUAUAAGUAAUUCUUUGCAUGAUUCUUUUAUUGGUUCAGUUAUCAUUCUGACAAGGGAAAACUUGAGAUAGUGUGAGAGAGGAAGACGCCUGAAUCACACCUAGAGCCUAAUUAAUAGGAAUYGUCACACUUGACAUGGGUAUUAAUGGCAGCCCGCUGAUGACAAAUUAGACUUGAAUAUUAGAACCUGAAUAAGAACCUGAAUAUUUUAUUUCCUUCUAUUGCUAUUUAUGUAUCGUAUAAUCUUACUUCUAAUAAAAUCAUUCAAAUUUAUUUAAAAAA